AGGGACCCACGCGGCGCGCGGCCCGCCUGGCCUGCAGCGUUCCCACCCCUGGCGGCGGCGGCACCAUGCCCUUUGACUUCAGGAGGUUUGACAUCUACAGGAAGGUGCCCAAGGACCUUACGCAGCCGACGUACACCGGGGCUAUUAUCUCUAUCUGCUGCUGUCUCUUCAUCCUCUUCCUCUUCCUUUCGGAGCUCACCGGAUUUAUAACGACAGAAGUCGUGAACGAGCUCUACGUCGAUGACCCAGACAAGGACAGUGGCGGCAAAAUCGACGUCAGCCUGAACAUCAGUUUACCCAAUUUGCACUGCGAAUUGGUCGGGCUCGACAUACAGGAUGAGAUGGGCAGGCACGAAGUGGGGCACAUCGACAACUCGAUGAAGAUCCCGCUGAACAACGGGGCAGGCUGCCGCUUCGAGGGACAGUUCAGCAUCAACAAGGUCCCAGGCAACUUCCACGUGUCCACACACAGUGCCACAGCCCAGCCACAGAACCCAGACAUGACCCAUGUCAUCCACAAGCUCUCCUUUGGGGACACGCUACAGGUCCAGAACGUCCACGGAGCUUUCAAUGCCCUUGGGGGAGCAGACAGACUCACCUCCAACCCCCUCGCCUCCCACGACUACAUCCUGAAGAUCGUGCCCACGGUUUACGAGGACAAGAGUGGCAAGCAGCGGUACUCUUACCAGUACACGGUGGCCAACAAGGAGUACGUCGCCUACAGCCACACGGGCCGCAUCAUCCCUGCCAUCUGGUUCCGCUACGACCUCAGCCCCAUCACGGUCAAGUACACGGAGAGACGGCAGCCUCUGUACAGGUUCAUCACCACGAUCUGUGCCAUCAUUGGUGGGACCUUUACUGUUGCCGGCAUUCUGGACUCAUGUAUCUUCACAGCCUCAGAGGCCUGGAAGAAGAUCCAGCUGGGCAAGAUGCAUUGACAACCCGCCCGGCCCCAUGGCCGAGAACCCAGGGAGACCGCCAGCCCUGCCUCCAGCGCCCUGUCCCCUCCUGCCCUCUAUCUGGCCGAGGAUCUGGCUGUGUCCCAAAGUGGUGGUGUAGGAGGUGGGGGUGGCUCAUGGUUUCGCAGCUACCUCUUUUCCCCGAGUUUAAUUUUAGACGAAUUACGCUGCCUGAAGUAGUGGUGCCCCUUUCUCUGUAGAGCCCCAAGAUCAGAGUCAGGCAAGGGGGGCUCGGGGAUAUUGGGGACCACUCCUGAGGGCUGCAGUCCCUUUCCUCUUAGGGGAACAGCCCAGAAUCUACGUUGACCAGCUCUCAGCCAGCCUCUGACAAUCUCGAAGCCCCCACCACUUGGACACACUAAUCGCUUGGCUUCUCCCCUGGCGCAGCCAACCCACAGACCUGGGCUCUCGGCUUUGGACCAGGCUGUCCAAAGGUACCUCCCGCCUGGCGCCUUCAACACAAGAUGGUACUUCCCAGGCAAGGCCCUGAGAUGUGGCGCUGUAGAUGGAACCCUCACUCCCGCUCCAACCCUUCCUGCCUGACCUCGAGUCCAGGCCUCAAGUCCCUUACCCGCAUCCCUUUCUUUUUCUCCCAAGAAGCAGAUGCCCAGUUGUUGGGCAGCAGCGGCGGAGACUCAAGUCUGCCCACUGGUCAGUGGGCGGGUGGCAAGUUCCCUUCCUCUCUCACCUUGCUCCUUUAACCCUGUGCCAAUGUGCCUCGGCCCCUGUGCUGUGUGGCAACAGCAUCUCUUAGGGGAGGGGCUGGUUGUGACUGGGAAGUCAUCCUUUGAGAAGCAGACGUGGUUUGCGCACUUAUGUCCAGAUGGGAAGCAUCCUUCUCUGCAACCCUAAAAUAAUCAGGUCUCGGCCUCUCCCAGACGGCCACCGUCAGUCCCAAGGCCUUAGGUGGGGGAAGCAAAGCAGACCAGCCCAUCUCCCGGCUGUGGACGUCCACAUUCCGGGCUCCCAGGGGUGCACAGCACUGGAACCUCUCUGCGGCUCAGUUGUAGCCCACUUGCCACUGAGCUGCCCCACUGGCUGGCCACACACCAACAUGAUCCUUGUCCCUGGGCGGCCCCACUGUCUCCCCACGUGCUCCUGGCGUGGGUCCCUACCCCACUGCUCCCCUUCAUCCUUCCCCUUUAGUCCUGAAAGGGAGCAGCAAUGGUCCAGGCACUAAUUCCACGCAGGGAAUUUUAGGUAUGCCCUCCUCUCCCAGGGAAAGAGCUGCCCGCCUGUUUUCCAUUUAUAUUAAGAUUGUUUGCAUACUUUUGUAAUUAAGGGGAGUGUCCAGUGGAAGGAGUUUUUAAAUUAUCUUUAUGGAUAGCUCAAGUCUCUGCCAUUUGUAAUGUUGGGCUCAGAAUUCCAAUUAGAAAAGCUUCCCCUUUUGCAUAUGAGUUGACUGAUGUUGUGAAUGUAAACUGCAUUUGGUUAUUUCUGGUAUCUGUGGCCAGUGAAUGGAUUUUUUUUACGUUCUGUUCCCCAGUUACAGAAGGAGUCCUUUUGGUGUGUGAAUACGUGCGCCUGUAGAGGGUGGG